AUAAGAAGCCAGCCAUAUCGAUAGCACACGUGUGCGGAGUGUUUGUUUAUAUUUUGCUGUGCACAAAUUGGUCAAACUAUUUUUAAAAUAUUUAUAAAGAUUUUGCAGAGGUCCUCAAAAUGAUGCACUAUCGCAAGGCCGAGAAUGUGGAGAAGGAGCUGAGCAAGAGCGAUCUGCCAUUCGAGGACUGCAUGCCACAGUCCCAAAAGGAUUUUUUGUGGAUGCAUGUGAAAGGCGGUACCAAAGUGAGCAAUGUGAUUGAGUUUGCUCAGGCGGCGCUAAACAAGGGCGAAAACAGAUGCGUGGUGUGGAGCGGAUCCGGCGGCGGAGUAGUGAAGACCAUAUCAUGUGCCGAGGUCCUCAAACGGAGCCACCCUGUCUACCAGGUGACGCGCAUGGCGUACACCAGCGUGGAGGAGCACUGGAAGCCGCAAAUGGAAGGCCUCGAGGAGAUUAUAGUCACCCGCCAAAUACCCACUCUGCACAUUCUCAUGAGUCUGGACCAGCUGCCGGAUAGUAUAGACGGUUUACAAAAGCCAAAUAGACCAACUGAUUUUUGGGAGGGCGGAGGAACACAGCCACAUCCACGUCCCCAGGCCCCCCAUCAGCAGCCAGGAGCUGGGGCUCGGUCGAACAAACGAAACAGAUCCGGGCGCAAUAAACCAGCCCAACAACUCGGAAAACCAGUCGCUGAAGAGAAUUUACCUGCCAGUUCGAGUCAAGGUUGAGAUAAACCGGCCAUGUGAAGAUUCCUUUAUUUACCCUUUGUAAGGAUAUACAAAUAAAGCCUAAUUUAUCACAAUA